AUGUGGGAUGAUACCAGUCCUUACUGGGGGAAAGAAUCAGUGCUAAUGAUUAAAGGACACCCUAUUCCAAUAGUAUACUGGCCAUAUGUUUACCGUUAUGGCAAAUAUGGCCAGUGGCAGGGAACUAAAAGUCAAUGGAUGGGUUGGAGGGAUAUUGUCUCUCAAUACCGUCAAAGCACACCAGAAGACUUCUGGAAGGAAUUUUCAGUCAAUGGCUGUGCAAUGAAGUUCACAAGGAUUGUCAACAAACUUCACAGACAGCACAAUAUCAGCAAUGAUGACAUGGUUACACAGGUCCACAAAGAGUUUGGGGAUGCAUUUGACUCACUAUUCUCAUAUCGCAAGGGAGAUGAGGUUCAUGUUAUGAGAAACAAGUCAGCAAUUGUCCACUGCUAUUGGCAGUUAAAGAAACUCCAGUAG